AUGGCACUGCAGGAACCAGAAGUAAUUGAAUCGGGAAUAUCUAAAGUAUUGAGCAUAGCGAGAGAGAUGACGAGAAACCAUGAUUGUGAAAUUCUUACAAUUAGGAUAGAGCUGCACCUUUAUUCGAUCACAGACUUUGAAAUACUCGAAGAAUCAAUACAAGAUGUUCCAAGGCCUAUUCCAACUAGUAAAGAAGCUAUUCAGAAAUUGGAAAAAGUUUCCAUUGUAGCUUAUUCCUGUAAUAUGAUCUUUAGUUUCUUUUUCUCUCUUCUCAGAAAGAUGACUACUUACUUUCUCAUAUUAGCUCUCAUUUUUGCUUCGUCUAUCUCCUCCUCGUCCGCUCAAUCUCAAACAUGCAACACCUACUCUUUCUCCAACAAUCACAACUCCUAUCGUGCAUGCAACGAUCUUCAAGCUCUCAACUCUUAUCUUCACUGGAACUAUCACCAGGACACCAACACUCUCGACUUAGCUUUUCGUCGGUCAGGAACUGACCCAACGAGAUGGGUUGCUUGGGCUAUAAACCCGACUGGGAAAGGCAUGGUUGGCUCACAGGCUCUUGUAGCCUACACAAACCCUAAUGGAAUCUUGCGGGCUUAUACUUCUCCAAUCACAAGUUACAGUACGCAAUUGCAAGAGGGUUCUUUGAGUGGUCUUGAGAUGCAAAAGAUUUCAGCAGAGUUUGCCGAUAAUGAGAUGAUUAUUUAUGCAACGAUUGUGCUUCCAAAGAACAUGACGACGGUGAACCAUGUAUGGCAAGAAGGUCCGAUUGAUGGAGAUAGUCUUGGCAUGCAUCCUGUAAGCGGCGAGAACGUUAAAUCAAUGGGAACUGUGGAUCUUCUUUCAGGAAAAGUUGUGGCCACAAAAGGAGGAGGGAGCUCGAGUCUUGUAUUCAAGAAGGUCCAUGGAGCAGUUAACAUGGUGAGUUGGGGCAUUCUGAUGCCAAUAGGAGUAAUGACUGCUCGGUACAUGAAAGUAUUCAAAGAUCCAGCAUGGUUUUAUGCUCAUAUCAUAUGCCAGUGUUUAGCCUAUACAAUAGGACUCGGUGCAGCGGCGACUGGCAUUUAUCUUGGGAACAAAUCUCAUGGCAUUCAGUUUAAUGCUCAUAGAUAUAUCGGCAUACUACUUUUCAUUCUGGGCUUCCUUCAAGUUCUUGCGUUGAAAUUGAGGCCAAACAAAGAUCACAAAUACAGAUUAUACUGGAACAUCUACCACCAUUCCGUUGGAUAUGCUAUCAUUAUUUUGAGCAUUGUUAACAUUUUCCAAGGCAUCAGCAUUUUGGAGUCGAAGAUUUGGAAGUGGACAUACAUUGGCAUUCUCACGUUUCUGGGCUCUAUAGCUGCUGUGUUGGAAGCCAUAACCUGGUGCAUCAUUAUCAGGACAAAGAAAGAGACUGCCCCGGUUCUUGCAUAA